GUAGAGUAAACAAAGAGCAGUAGAGUAAACAAUGGGGUUCAGCGAGACACAGGAAGAACUGGUCCUGCGCUCAUGGAAAACCAUGAAGAAGGACACUGAAUCCAUCGCUCUUAAGUUCUUCUUCAGGAUCUUUGAGAUCGCGCCGGGAGCGAAGCAGAUGUUCUCCUUCCUGCGCGACGCCGGCGACGCGCCCCUCGAGAACCACCCGAAGCUCAAGGCCCACGCCGUGACCGUCUUUGUCAUGGUCUGCGAGUCUGCAACGCAGCUCAGGAACACCGGCGACGUGAAGGUGAGGGAGGCCACCCUGAAACGGCUGGGCGCGACUCACGCCAAGGCCGGCGUUGCUGACGCGCAUUUCGAGGUCGUGAAGACGGCGCUGCUGGACACCAUCAAGGACGCGGUCCCGGACAUGUGGACGCCGGAGAUGAAGGCGGCGUGGGAGGAAGCAUACGACCAGCUGGCCGCCGCCGUCAAGGAGGAGAUGAAGACCGCCGCCACGGCUUGAUUCCUCUCCGCUAUAUUGAUACGAAGAGCUGUGUAAACGCUUAGAUGGGAGCUUUGAACUGCUGGCUUGAUUCGUUUGAUUUAAAACACUACUACGAAGUUGCUGCUGCCUGUAUAUUUUGUUUCCGUUUGUCAACCACUCAUUGAUCAACAAAUUUGUGCUUGUUGCGACUGUAAUUGAAGAACAGAAAUCUUUGACGAACGAGGAGGCCGUGUAAUGCCCUA